GGGGUAUCCCCAUAUAUAGCCCCUUCAACCGUUGCUAUCGUUUCCCUGGGCAUGCCUCUGUCAGGAGGGGUAACAGCAGGGAGUAGUUUGCAGGUUCCUGUUCAGACAGUGUUUACUCCAAGUCCGUCACAGGUUGCAGUCACCACGCAGCCUACUGUCUCGCAGUUAGUGCAACCUCAGGGCAUACAGCCCCAGCAGCUAGCACCACAACCUGUAUCGCCGGGUCCACAGCCCGGGUUGGUGCAGGGACCGGGACAAAGUCAGUGGGUUCCAAAGACGACCAUCGCCGCUCCCAAACCUUUUACAGGGGACAAGAGAGGCGAAGACCUCGACACUUGGUUGAGGGCAGUGCCGGUCUACGUCAGGUGUAAACUCACCUUGCCACACGAAGAAGUGCUUGUGGCUGCUUCCUACCUGGAGUGUAGUGCAGCGAGAUGGUUGAGUGGGUUAGUGCAACUCCAGGGGUACGGUCAUGACUUCUGCUCUUGGGCAGCCUCUCAAAAAUUGGAGGACUUCCUGAAAAUGGUGGAAGACAGGUGGCAUGAUCCGCAGGAGGCUCAAAAGGCCACUGAUGCGAUCCUGACACUGCACACGCGGCAGUUUAAGUCAGUAAGGGAUGCCACCGACGCUGUAGAGCGUUUGAUUUGUGUUCCAGGGGUACGCUAUGACCCCCAGGUCCUGCUAACUUCGUACCUGAGAACCUUAUCUCUGCCACUCAGGAAUCAGUUGGCAAAAGAGACCAACAUUAAUAUGCACAACUUUCCUUCGUUCAGCGAGGUGGCCCUAGACCUAGAAGCAAAGAUAGGGCAUGGACAAGCACCCACUACGGAAGGGAGAAAGAAGACACUGCCUCUCAGCUCGAAGGCGAAGGGUCGCUUAAUGUUUGUCGACAAUGAUGGUUCAACCAUCGAGUUGGACGACAACCUCCAGGAGGGAGUAGGUGCAGAGGCAGGUGGCGAUACUUCAGAGGGUGGAGUAGUCGCCACCGUAACCCAACAAAAAAGUAAAGGGACCGAUAGAUGCCCUAGGGGAUCCCGGUCGAAGAGUCAAACAGACCCCAAUGCUCCUCCAUGGGAGAAAGCGGGUCUAGCUGAGGACGUGUGGAGAGAUCGGUGGGCACGGCAAGCUUGUAUCAAGUGUGGCCAAUAUGGUCAUAGCAUGUAUAAGUGCCACAAUAGGAAGGUCACCGAGAAGAUCCCGCCCACUAUGGGGUCGGGAUUUGUCAUCGUGUACCUCGAUGACAUACUUAUUUUCAGUAAGACUGUCGAGGAACAUGUGGCACAUCUGGACAAAGUCCUCGACCUCCUGCGACAUCAUAAGUUCAAGAUCAACGGUGAGAAGUGCGAGUUUGGCCGCACCCGUGUCUUAUACUUGGGUCAUGAGAUUUCUGCGGAGGGAUUAAAGCCCAAUGACGCGAAGGUGGCCAGCAUUCGUGAUUGGCCACGUCCUCAGUCUGUGACUGAGAUGAGAUCUUUCUUAGGGAUGACAGACUACUAUAGGACUUUUGUUAAGAACUACAGCAUAGUGGCCGCCCCUUUGACUGAUCUGACCCGCCUUGACACCCCUUGGGAGUGGACAGAUAAGUGCGAGGCUGCUUUCAGACAUCUGAAGCAUGCACUGACGCACUAUGAAGUCUUGAAACUUCCUGAUCCUGACAAUCCGUUUAUAGUCACAACGGAUGUCAGCCAAUAUGGCAUUGGCGCCGUGCUUGCGCAGCAGGAUGGGCCAAAGUUGAGGCCAGUAGAGUACAUGUCCGAGAAAAUGCCAUCUCAGAAGUUGGCUAACUCCACUUAUAAGAAGGAACUCUAUGCGGUACCAGACUUCUCAGGUGCGCUGAUUACUGAGUUCGAUCUGACGGGCGAUGUUACUCAGUCUUUGGUGGAAGCCUAUCGUCAGGACCAGUUUAUGUCUGAGAUCAUACGUAGACUUGAGGCGAAGGAUAAGAAGACCUCCGCCGAGUUUGAGUUGGUCAAUGGAUUGUUGUUCCUAGAGAAGGCAGGGAAUAAACGCUUGUGUGUUCCAAAUAGCGAGUCUUUGCGUAGUUUGUUUUUAGGUGAGUGUCAUGAUGCCACCGACCAUUUUGGGUACAAGAAGACCACAACCAACUUGCUGCAGCGGUUCUGGUGGCCCACGAUGAUGAAAGAUGCACAGUUGUACGUGGAAACUUGUCAAGUAUGUCAAAGAGACAAGCCCCGUACUCAGGCUCCUCUUGGGCUGCUCAAGCCYCUUYCGAUUCCGGAAAGGYCGRGUGAAAGUUUGUCCAUGGACUUCAUGGAUACGCUGGUCACCAGCAAGAGUGGGAUGAGACAGAUCUUUGUCAUCAUGGAUAGGUUUAGUAAGUUUGCUAGAUUAAUAGCUAUGCUAGAAACAACAAAGACCAAGUACGUGAUCAGGUUAUUUAAAGAGAACUGGGUCAGAGACUUUGGACUACCGAAGUCAAUAGUCAGUAACAGGGACGUCAGGUUCACGAGUGAAUUGUGGAAGGCCGCUGCAGCUGAACAAGGAACUCAACUACAGAUGACUUCUGGAAAUCAUCCAGAAGCUAAUGGCCAGGCUGAACAAAUGAACCGCGCUGUGCAACACCUGUUGAGGCACUACAUCAAGCCCAAUCAGGUAGACUGGGACGAAAAGAUUGCUUUAGUCGCCAGUCUAUAUAACAACGUUGUACACAGUGCUACCGGGACGAGUCCUAACAGCCUACAACUGACAUUCAAGCCUAGACUGCCCUUAGACUUCCUACUUCCAGACAACCAGCCAACUGCUACACCGGGCACUUUGGAGUUCGCCUAUAGAUAUGAACAGAAGAUGCAGGAGGCUGGAGAACACAUGCAGAAGGCGCAAGCAGCAAUGAUAGAGUCUGAGAAUAGACACCGCCGCCCUUCUACAUUUCAGGUUGGGGACAGAGUCUGGGUCAAGUCUUCCGAACUGGGACAGGAGUUCGGGAUAUCCCGCAAACUCAUGCCUCAGUACUUUGGGCCUUGGGAAGUUCUAGACGUAGUAGGGACCGAUCCUGAUGGUCCAUCAUAUGUCAUCCGUAUCCCUGGUCAUCUCAGAACUCACCCUGUCUUUCACGCCUCUAAGCUCGCUGCGUUCAAGGAAACUGGUCAGUUUCCCUCUCGUCGGUCAAUGCUGCCCCCAACCAUGGACGGAGAAGUCGACAUCGAUGAUAUCGUCGACCACAGGGAGAUGCCCGUUCAGAAGCCUCCAGGAAGGGGACGUUCUCCAAAGCCAAAACUGCAGUUCCGUGUUCACUUCAGACAUCACACGGAUCCGAAAGAGGACCGCUGGUUUACUCGGGAGGAAUUGAUGCAGACCGCUCCUCAAAUCGUUGCCCGCUAUGAGAAGGAUGUAUUGAAAGGAAAGCGCCAGAUGGCUCAAGAUUGAUCUUCGCAGAGGACUAAUGAAGAUAUGGAGGAGGGAAUGUGAGGCUACGCCCGC